AUGGAGCCCUCGCUGGAGAACUACUGGGACCAGAGCCCGGGCCAGGAUGACCUUUCAUCAGCUGGUCCUCAACUAUACACUCCCAUGAGCCCUUUUGACACAGACCUACCGAUUCAAGCCGCUCAAAGUGCAUCAUUCGAUUCUCAUCUUGACCAAUCCAAAGAACUUUCUACAGACUUCUCUUCUGUGGAUCUCAGCUUUCUUCCAGAUGAUCUUAACCAAGAAAAUGGAGAACAAACUCAUUCGGAAGAUGGUCAUGAAGUGCAAAGAGAGCAAUACAGGUCACAGUUGACAGAGCAGGACAGUGGGUUCUUAAAUGACAGCAAUUUGUCACAACUGAGCUAUGGGGACGCAACUCAGCCCUCACCUGAAACAUCUGGUGCCUGUCCCCCUUUGACACCUAUGACUCCUAUCACCCCAAUGACACCCGUUUCAGAAAGCUCUGGCAUAGUUCCUCAGUUACAGAAUAUAGUGUCCACUGUAAACUUGGCUUGUAAACUAGAUCUGAAGAAUAUAGCCCUGCAUGCCAGAAAUGCAGAGUAUAAUCCAAAGAGGUUUGCUGCUGUGAUAAUGAGAAUCAGAGAACCAAGAACAACGGCCCUUAUAUUCAGUUCCGGCAAAAUGGUCUGCACGGGAGCGAAAAGUGAAGAGCAGUCCCGGCUUGCGGCUAGGAAGUACGCACGUGUGGUGCAGAAGCUUGGGUUCCCUGCCAAGUUCCUGGACUUCAAAAUACAGAAUAUGGUGGGCAGUUGUGAUGUGAGGUUCCCCAUCAGGCUGGAAGGAUUGGUUCUAACUCAUCAGCAAUUCAGUAGUUAUGAACCAGAACUAUUUCCUGGCCUUAUUUAUAGAAUGGUCAAACCAAGGAUUGUGUUGCUUAUCUUCGUGUCUGGAAAAGUUGUUUUGACUGGUGCCAAGGAGCGUUCUGAAAUCUAUGAGGCAUUUGAAAACAUCUAUCCUAUUCUAAAGGGUUUCAAGAAAGCGUCUUAAAAUUUCUUUCCAAA